GUAGAACGAUAGCUGCAUUGGGAAUGAACCCUUACAUUAUGGAUCUGUUUUCUGGAACUCACACUGUGCUCUGUUUGAUGAUAAUAUUGCACUUUCUUUUGCUGCUACAAUCAUAAAUGCUUUGAGAUACUCGAGAAGAUAGAUGUUACCAUUAGUGUCUUUCAUGUCAAAGUAUUGAUCCACUACUGAAAGCAUAAUGAUUUAGGAUACAUUCCAACUCUGAUAUUAAUGUAAUGGGAUUUUUGUCCUGAAGAUAUUUAGUUAGUUCUGAAGAUUUUUCUUUACUUUCCUUUUAUUUUUUUUUAAUUUUUCAUUUUUUUUUUUUAAUGAUACUUCUCAUACACUGAUGUUCUUUUUUUUAUGUUGAAAAUAAUAAAUUAUUUCAUUUUUCCCCAUCAUCAGCAUGCCAUCUGAUUUUAUCUCCCAACCAUCUCUUUAUAGCUACAAAAGGUGCUUUGUGCCACUUUCAUUAAAAUUUCUUUUUUUAUUAAAAAAAGUCUCACUUCACAAAAAAUGUUAACACAAAGAAAUUAUACCAUCAGAUUUUUUUAUCCAGCUUAUUUUCCUACCACUUCAAUGACACAUAUUUUUUCACAAUUCAAUUUUUUUUUAAAUUUUACACCAGUGACAAUGCAAGCACAAUUCUACUACUUCAUUUCUGAUAACACAUAACAAUAAGAGACCUAGAAAACCACAAAACCUUGAAGGAGCAUUUUAAGAUAAAUAACAAGUAUGGAAUGAUAUAGCCUUAUAGGUCAAAUACAUGGAAGUAGUGGUAUGAGGACCAUUGUUAUGCAUUAGUAAACAAGCACUUCCCACAAAAUAAAUACAACUCAUCCACAGAGCACAAAGACAGGGCACAAAGUUGAUUUGUUCCAACAAAAUAAUUAUUUUUUUAAUAUGAACAUUCAAAACAUAAAUUUGUGUUUUACAUGAAACUGAUUGUCAAGAAUUUUUUUAUGGUUUACAGAUGGUAACUGUAUCUUCAAUACACAAAUGUUGAAAUAUUAAAUAAUUUCAAUCAAACCUUUCUAAAUCUACCAAAUUAUUAAAUGAAAUUUCAAAUAAGAACACAUAAUCAAAGCUUGGUCAUCAGUAAUAUAUAUCUAAGUCUUAAAAUUUAACCAACAACCACACACAUUAUUUUUAAGUGUCUGUAAAAUUAGGUCACAUUUAUAAGCUUGCAUAUAACUUUAAGAUAACCUUAGCUAAUACCAAGCUCUCACUGCCAGGUCCCUAUGGCUGAGACACCUGAUAAAGCCACAGGUAAAUCACGACCAAGUAAACAAUACAAUCUAGAGAGGAAAACUACAACAACUGCGUAUGACUCAUACUUGUGUACUCAGGUAUGGAGACGAGUCACCGCUGGGUGGUUGAUUCAGAUUCAGAACCGGGAGAGAAGCUUGGCCUACUGAUGGAGAGAUUGCGGCAGAAAAGAAGUCAACUCAAAUCUUGGGGAGAGACAUCAAAGAUGUUAAGAAUUGCUAUUAAUGACAAAAGACAACAGUCUACAGCAUUGGAAAAAGUUCAGUUACAGAAGUAUAUGGAGACACUGCAGAAGGCUUUGAAAGUGAAUACAGUACCAGCCUUGUUAGAGAGACUAGAGACCAUGGCAGUACAGACUGGCUUGAAGUACACCCCGAGUGCCAUGGGGUGCAUCAUAGCUUCUGACCUGUUUAAAGUGGAGGUCCUCUUUGAUGGCACUGGGGUUUUCAGGGAUGUCCGUGUGGCACACUGUGGGAGAGAUUCAGAAAGUUGCCCAGAGAUUCAAGAAAUUCUCAAGGCUGGAAAUCACUCUGAGUUUUUGGAACAUUUGAGAGGUCUGGUUUCCAUGUAUCAAAUAGGAGACAAAGACAAGAAACUUAGAAUCAAGGGUUUUAUGGCUUUGACAUCCCUGGAGUCAGAUCUGAACAGGGUAGCCCAAUUCCAGAGUUCAAUUAGUGGGGUUUCAAGUUAUAUACACAAGUCUCCUUUGGGAAUAUUACAGCCAAGAUGUGGAGGAAAACCGAUGAGGUUAACAUAUUUUGUAGCACCCUAUGACCUUUUAGAUGGGAAAGCCAAGAAAUCAUUGCCAAUGACUGUAGAAGCUAUCACUGAGAAUAACCUGGGUCAUAAUGCGGAGGUGUGUAUAUCACCCAGCAGUGGACACAAACUCCAGACCAUGCCACUGAUGACCAUCAAUAAGACAGAGGGGAAAAGCCUUCCACACUUUGCGGCACAAACCAGUUUGAACAGUGUCACACUUCCAGCACAAUUUAUUCUGAAACUUGGCAAGCCUAUCCCAGUGGCUGUCAGUAUAUUGAUGAAAAUACAGCAAACUACAGGUAUCCAGUUUGUGAACAUGUCCCAAGCACAACCAUUGGUGAAUCUUCUCAUACAGGAGGUGUAUGGUACCAAGAUGGACACACCCAGGAAAGGAAUUUCUGUGAAGUUACCAGGGCAGCAGCAUACAUAUGUGAUAAACGAUGGCAGCGCGGAGGAUAUGAUGGGCAUCGUAGUCGAUCAAAUCCCCUUCACCCUUCCAACCAAUGUCCCCAGCAUUCUACAGAGCCUCAGACAGCAACUUCUGUUUAAUACUCUCAUUGCUAGCUGUGUGAGAGGAAAGAGUGUAGAGGGUACAUCACAUUCACUGGUAUUUGAAGUGACACCAGUAUCCCUACAGUAUAUAACUGUUGCAUUUGAACAUCCACUCCAUACUUCCAUGGCAACAGCGGAGCUAGACUUGAGUGAUGUCACUACUGUGAAAUGUAAGCUGUACACAUUGUCAGGAGAUGAGACAAUUUGCUCUGAUGACUACGUGUGCAGAGUGAUUCAAAGGUGCUUAUCCAUCCCUGUGACAAUGCGUGCCAUAAUUCGCAAGGUGUCCAGUCAAAUAGAAAAGUUGCGCCCACCACCUGCAGCUCAGCCAACGGCAAACAUGCAAAACUUAUUAGCCAAACAAAUUAUGGACAAGAGACUCAGUUAUUUUGAGGCAACAAUACGAAAUCCAUUACUUUUAAAUGAGUUGAAAAUGAAUGAAUUUUCCACAAGGGAGAAUAUCAUUGGCCCCUUCACUCCUGGUUUGAUGCCAAAUCAUCCAAUCGGAUCGCAGGGGCCAACGAGCAUGUACAGGUUUCCCAAUGUGAUGGCAGGGGGGCCUCAGUACGGUAACCAUUACGAUGGUGGUGGACAUGGUCAGUCGGGUCUAGUCACACCUGAAAUGGAAAGUCUAGAAGAGAAACGGGAACGGGUAAAUAAGAAUCCCAUGCUGGCUAGUCUUCUUGAUCAGGACACUCCAAGUCCUGACCCACAAAUUCAACAACAGCAAGUGCAACAGCAGCAACAGCAGAACUCUAUCUUGUCUAGCUUACUUGGAGAUCAGCCCCCCACCCCCAUGGCAGCACCUACAAAGCAAAGAAAAAAGCGCAUGAGACGUUCAACAUCCACGACCGACGGCGGUCGAAGUCCAGGAAGCAGCACAGGCAAAAGUCCCAAACGCAAAGUCAGCGAGGCUGAAGAAUUUGAAAAUCGGCUGAAGGAAAUGGAAGUUGACCAGUCAGCGGGAGACCCAUUUGAUUCUUCAGUUGGAAGUAGUAUCAGCAAUCCUGCGUUAACAAGUUCCCAAGUUUAUGGGGAUCAGGUGGAUCCGUUCAGUGUCCCAGUGGAAUCCCAGAUUGAUAAGCUGAAAAACAGUGUCGAUAACUUUAUCAAAAAGGAGUCCAAAUCCAUCAAUUCCUGUCAGGGGUCGUCUGAGUUGUCAAUGUUGCUCAGUGAUAUUGAGACUGACACUCAGGUAGGGGGCAGCAUGAUCAGGCGACCUAGCUCCGGAGAUGCCAGACCGGGUAGUGCACAUAGUCUUGCGCGAAGCACCAGUGGUGCCAGUGUUGAAGAAAUUCUCACGAAUCGUACGACUCCAUUAGAUCCAGAUGCAUUUCAGGGUAAAGAUGGAGGAACAUUCACACCAACACAGUUUCUAGGGGAGCCUGGUAAAGUAAGCAGGAAAUUCAGCAAAGGCUCUACAGAGUCAAUGGAGUUUAAUGCAGAUCUUUUAAAUCCAGAUUCAAGUUUUGCUGACAGUUUGAUAGAGAAUGCAACUGAUGAGAUGGAUCUGGACACUUGUGAUGCUAAUGCCUUUGGUGUGGGGUUUAACCCAGUAGCCAUCAUGGCUUCCAAGAUGGCUGCCAAGGUAGAAACUGCUGACUCUCAGCAGGGGAAUGGUGCUAGUAAAAGUCCAAGCAGGAAAACGCCUGUACAGAGAUCCAAUUCUCGGACAAAUCAUAACUUUGAGCGCUCCAACUCCCUUGAGGAGAAACCUGUGGAAACAUCAAAUACCCCUAAUAAAAGCCUGGUUAUGUCACUAAAACAGUCAGAACUACAAUCCAAGGUAGACUCACCACAAGAAGCCCUGGAUUUAUCCAAAUCUUCAAAAGAUUUCACUAUGAACGAUGAGACACCGGGGUUAAAAAAUGACCUUGGGCCAUCCCCGUUAGACCUGACCGCGGACAUAGAAGUGGCCAAAAUAACCGGGUCAGGUGGAGAGAUGGCCGCAAGUAAGGGCAUGGAACUGGUCAGUCCUCUCAAAAUCCCAGCAUUUGCAGUCAGCCAAAGAACAGGAACAGGUGCGAAAAAGGAAAGGACUUUGUCAAAUAAAAGUGGUAAGAUUCCAAAAGAUGCCAAAAGGCGGAACAGUGAUCGGGAGGGUGGGAAACGUAAGAAGGAGGAUUCAGGAAAAGAGAAAACUGGCAAACGCAGAAAGACCAUUUCGAGUAUCGAAGGUCAUCCUCAGGGGGAUCAGAUUUACAGCAUUGAGCAGGCAAAGAAGCCAACUGCAAUUAAAAUCACAACCAGUAAGCUGAAAAGUGUAAAGCCGUCAGUAGAUGGCAGUACUAAUAAGAUGGACUUAUCCAAAGCAUCAGUGUCUGCCAAACCAAAAGUAACAGUCAUACCUCCAAUGAGCUCAAAGAAACCAGAAUCUGGUCAAAAAGGCAUGAUGUCACCUCCUGUUGUGAACAAAUCUGGCCAACCAGUCAUGUCGGGUAAGACGCCAACCACACCUUCCCCCACGCAUAAGCUUCUGUCAUCAAAGAUAUCCCCCACACAAUUUGGGAAGUCACCAACCAUAGGAAGGAAUUCACCAUCUUUAAAAAACUUAUCCGGGAAGGCCUCCCCAAUGUCACGAUCGCCUAGUGUUGGUGGUAAAAGUAGGAAAGCUAAUAAUCAAGUGACUGUAAGUAAGCAGGACUCAAAACUUAUGAACAAGACCCCGACUAUUAAACUUAAACCUAUUGCCCUUCCUGCCAACCAACCCCCAGGCACAGGAACAACAACAUCAUCUGCCUCCCCUGGAGCAACUGGGAAGCAGCCAUUCACUCCCACAACACCAACAACGCCUGGGAAAAUCAAGGCACGGAAGAAGUCACUCUCAGCAGUUAUUGACAACCUUACAAAGCAAAGCAAUUCUGUAGUUCUUCCGCAGACUGCAGAGCCCGGUGUUGAGAAGAAAGAAGAGGAGAAGAAAAAGGAUGACAAAACUGGUUUGGAUGUCUUGAAACCAGACACAACUGGUUUCUUGUCUAGUUACAAAAUUCCCAAAAAGGUAAAGUCGGAAACGCCUGUGACUACCUCGAGUGCUGUGACAGCCUCUCAGGACAAACCAUCCAGUACUGAGAGAAUGAACGUUGAAUUGAAAUCUGCUGACAGAAAUACCUCUGAUUCGACAAGCAAAACCAAAAGUGAAAAAGUUUUAAAUGCAGGCAACCCAAGUACUAAACCUGUUAAUAUUACCUCCAGUCCAGGAAGAGCUCCACUCCCUCCCAGUCGUGUAGGUGGCAGCACAUCCUCAUCGCCCAGAACAUUCAAACCAAAUUUUGGAACAAGUGGGGCACCUUAUAGCACAAACAAUGUAAAUAGUUCUAAAAACAAUGGAGAUGAAAUAAAUAAUAGGACAAGCAUUGGGGCUAAAACCAACCCUGUCUCAACUGGGGCAGCCACAAGAUUAGACUUUACAAAGCCACCAGCAAGCCCACCUCCAUCCGAAACUCUGACUCAAAAACCGCAAAAAGAAAUUCCAUUGAAAAGCAUUAGUGAGAAAGACAGUGUGGAAAAGACUCAUGUAUCUGACUCUGCAGCUAAAUCUCUCCAGUCCAAAAACGUGAAUGGCUUGAAUAACAAUAAUAAUAAUAAUGGAAAAACUGGCAAUGGUGCUUCCCUAAAGAGUGGAGUAGAAAAAAGGCGAGGUCUGUUUGAUUCUAUAGGAUUCGAACCCAAAACUGAAUCUACAGAUAAGGGAAAAGACUCGGAGAACAGGGUAAAUUCAAUAGGUGGGUUUACAUCUGAAAAGCAAGAUUCAAAACAGCAAUCCAGCUAUGAUGGAAUAAGUAACCAAUCGACAUCAAGUUUUGACAUGACUUUGAACUCUCAAAAAUUGGGGUCAUCUCCAAGAGUCUCUUCUUCAUCAUCAUCAUCAUCUUCGUCUUCAUCACAAACAAGUAGUAGUAAUCUUAGAAGCAAUCAUGUUGUUGGAAAUGACAGCACAAAUAGUCCCACUUCAACCAGUACUGUCAGGCCUCAACAAAGUGACAAAGACACUGAUAACAUUUUUAAAGCUCCGACUCCAAAACCUCCCGAGUCCCCAAGUCCUGCUGGCACAGUGUUAGAAAAUAAUAAAAGAGACGAUGGGUCACCUGCACCCAAACGCAUAAGAAUCGAGUCUCAAAAACCAGUCUUAAGCCCAAGAAGUGACGCUAGUAGUCCUGAUAACCUGAUUAUCGACUAUCCAUCAACGCCAAAGUCUUCUCAGCAAACUGGCGCUGUCAGAUCCCCUACAGCGAAACUCGGUAGUGAGUCCCCUGCUAUUGGGGCUAUCCCACAAUCCCCUGCAGAGGAGGCAGCCAUGCAUUCUCCCGCUGCCGUAACCUUGAAAUCACCAGCUCCAGCAAUGCCCAUCAAGUCUCCGUUGCCACAUGCUCCUUCGCCUUCUCCAUCAGCCAAUAAUAAAUCGAGUUCUGCCAGUAGGGGAACGUCACCAGGCGAUACAGCUUGUGAUCUGGAUGAUGACUUGAUGGAUGCAGCAUUAAUGAACUAAAAGGUGCUCCUUAUCAGAAUCGUGAAGCUUCAACAAAAUGAGGGAUGAAAACCAAGCUUGUAGGUACCAAGUGACUGUCUAUUCAACCAGGCUUUGUUAUAAUCAACAGGUGAAAAACCAUGAAGUACCAAGAGAGUGUAAGGUCAACCAGGUGAUGUAAGUGGACCUUUUCAAGACCAGUCUUUGCAUCAGUAUAUCCAAAGGCCCUGAAAAGAACACAUAAUCAGGACUCGCAUCACUCUUCAAUGAAAUGCGUGCAAAAUGUAUUGCAACCCAACACCACCAUUUAGGGCUGAGACCUGAGGGAAUAGUUUGGCUUGAUGUGGUAACCAAUCAAAUAGGAUGCUGAGCACCAUGGAGCAACCACACUUGGUGUACUUGGUGCUGUUAGAUCUUUCAAACCAAGAUGGCUGGAAGAUGUUUCAAAGACGGUCGUUUAGGAAGGGAAUGGUUCAUGAUGAAAUGACAAACUAAAGAAGCAAGUUUGCUUUAACCACUUCCGAAUAUCACCGUUGUUCCUGGUAAAGAGAGGUCAUAGCAACAGCAUUUUUUAAUUUUUUUAUUAUUUUUUAAUUUUUUUUAAAUAAAAUAUAUACAAUGCACAUGUAAAUCACAGACAUCAAGGUGGCUAGUUCUAAUUAUUUUUAGAAUUAAAACUAAUGUAAGGAUGCCAAAGUGAGCAUAGGACUAAGGACAUUUGGAGUGUAUGGUUUGCAUUCAGUGGUUAGUAAGAGAUGUAAUUAAGAGAUUAUUUCAGUGAUUUGACAAGUUUUAAAAGAUGUUUGCCACAAUGCACCACUUUUGACACAGUGAUCUCGUCACUGUGUAGUGGAACGAUGCAUUUUACCUGCUAGUGCAUAUCCAAGGAGUGUAGAAGUCGACCAAAGGAGCAGGAUAGCAUAGUAACCAAAACUUGUGUAACUUUUAACCAAGCUGAACACUUGAACACAGAUGAAGUAUUCAAGAAAUUCAGUUGUACUGUGUUUUUUUUUUUUUUUUUUUUUUUUUUUUUUUUUUUUUUUUUUUUUUCACUCUGCAGAUUAAAUUAAGAAGUUUGGAUUUCAUAAUAGGUUGGGACACAUGGUGUGGUGUUGGUGGGUGGACAUGUACCUGUCACAGCUGAGACCGAAGGCAAAUGUGUUAAGAAGCAUUUUUAUCUCAGAUGAAAUGCACUGUCCUUGUAGUGACCAGAAAUAAUAAGGAUUUGACAAGUGAACUGAAAUCAGAAAUUAGUGCCGAGUUAUAUGAGCACAACAACAAGAUUUGGCUUCAGGUUGGAGUAAGUAGAAAGUUACCAUCUUAAGCUAGUUUGACCUUAGAUGGUUUAAGAUUUGUAAUUGGAAUUUGUGCCGAAAUGAUGCCAAAACAAUAACAGAAACCUUAAAGUGGAAAGAUAUCAGUAAAUUAAGUGAUGUAUACAGUCAACUUCUACUUAAUCAACAACAUUUGGUGUUUAGGAUAAACAAAAACAAAUUAGUGAAUGAAGUGUAAAUGUGUUUAUAAUCAGUGAAGAAGGCAGUGCUUGCAUUGGUCAUGAGGGCAUAAAUAUGAAAUCUGAAAAUGUUUGCC